AUGGCUUCUAGGGCAAUACUAAGUGGAAUUGUUGGUCGAACUUUAAAAGGUUCGUCAAUAGUGCCAACGAGGAAUUUGAUAAUUAGAGCUUCCGCCACCAGACUGAUCAGGUAUCCUUUGAGGCCAGACAUUCAUUUAAAUAUAAAUCAGUACACGGUGAAUGACAAAUUCGUCAGGGUAUUGAUAAGGAAUCAGUCUACUUUACCCGAUAAAAAGCCGGACAAAGCUGAGUUAAUACCACACCUGUCGGAGAUACCCAAGCAGAGUAUUUGGGAAAAAGUUAAGCAUGAAGCUCAGCAUUAUUGGGAUGGGACCAAAUUGCUAGGCUAUGAAAUAAAAGUGUCGACAAAGCUUUUGAUCAAAAUGGUUGCAGGAUACGGAUUAUCUCGUAGAGAGUCAGCACAAUUGCAGAGAACUAUUGUUGAUGUCAUUAGACUUGUUCCGUUCUCCAUGUUUGUUGUAAUCCCGUUCGCUGAGCUUUUACUUCCUAUUGCAUUGAAGCUUUUCCCCAAUCUAUUACCGUCUACGUAUGAGUCUAAACAGGAUCGUACGAAGAAGAGCGCAAAAUUAUCUAAGACUAGAAAAUCUGCUUCAGAAUAUAUAAAGCAUACCAUGGAAGAAUCUGGUUUGAAAUUGUCCAAGAAAAUCACUGACAAAGAAAAAGAAGCCUUUGUUUCUUUUUUUAAUACGAUUUCGAUGGGCAAAAAUCCCAGUAAGGAGCACUUGAUUCAAGUUGCGCGUCUUUUCAAGAACGAUCAAGUAUUAGAUAAUUUGUCCCGUCCACAAUUAGUUGCGAUGGCACGCUAUAUGUCUUUAAGACCAUUUGGUACUGAUUCGAUCUUGCGUUAUCAAAUAAGACAUCGUCUUUUAACUAUUAUUAAAGACGAUAAAGCGAUAGACUAUGAAGGUGUUGACUCAUUGACCGUCCCAGAACUACAGACAGCAUGUCAACAAAGAGGUAUCAAGACAGUUGAUGUUUCACCUGCUAGAUUGAGGGAAGAUUUAUCCACUUGGUUGGAUUUGAGGUUAAGACAAAAAAUUCCAUCUACAUUAUUGAUCUUGUCAUCAACUUACACUUACGGAGAACACUCAGCAAGCAUUGAAACAUAUUAUGAUGCAUUGUUAGCUGUUUUAUCAUCUAUUCCUGAUGAAGUGUAUAACGUUGCUAAAUUAGAAUUGUCUGACGAUUCGAAAUUGAAAUUGAAUAUGUUGAAGGAGCAAGAUGAAAUGAUCAACGAGGAGAAUUUAAGAGAAAAGGAUACUGUCACUAAGGUGAAAGAUAACAUCCAUUUGGACGAGUUCGAGGAUGCUGCUACUGAAGGUAUGAAGAUUGAGAACGACGAUGACGCCGCUGAUACUAAGAUUUCAAAGGAAAAGAAUGCUAAAGCUAAACCUGAAACCGAAUCGGAGGAAGAAAAAACAGCAACGCAACCGGAUAAUGUUACACCGAAAAACGAACAGAAAGCUGAAUCGAAAGUGCAUUAG